AUGCAGAGCGCUUUGCUUGACUCUGUACUACUCCUGAGUGUGCCUGCUCUCAUCUGCUGGCGACCACGUCGCACCUCGUCAUCAGAAGGCGGCAUCAUGGAUUCUCUGCUGGACUUUGCAGGCAACGCCCUCUCGUUCGUACUGCUUAUCCUAGCUACGGUGCUCUUCAUCGGCUUCGUUACGGGCAGUGUCAUGCUAUUCGAAAGAAUCUCCGCCUACGUCUCUGGUCCCGCACCUGUCGUUACCAACAGGAACAGAGCGACAGACAGAGCACAGCAUCAUACUGAGAGAAUUUCAGUGGUCGUCAUCACCAUCAUGCUCACUCUCUCGUUUUGGUGGUUCCCAGCUCUGUUCAACGCGUUCAACGACUGGUUGCAGCUCAGACCAAGAAAGGACGCAGUUCCGGUCAAGAUCAUCGAACGACCCGUCAUUAGACAGUUCAGAAGCGUGCUCGAUCCAUGCUGGAAUUCAUCCACCGGCCAGAUCAUCAUCAGUCUCGGUCUCAUGAUCGUCAUUGUCGUCUAUAUCUCCCAUUCGCACUCGGGCGACGUGGCAGCCAAGCGAAAGCCAAUUCCACCACCAGCUCAGCCUUUCAAGCGACGUGUCGAUCUUCCUCCUACAUUCACCCAACUUGCAGAUCCGCGCAAGCAUGCGCGUACGAGGCACGAGCACAUGCAUCUAGGCGCUAUUUUCAAAGCCUCAGACGGUCAGACGACGUAUACGAACCCCUCCGGGCCUCGACUGCUUGCCUUUCAAGCGACAAAGAGGCGCAGACUAUUCUACCUUCGACCGGCUCAAUUGUCGCAGGCACAGAGGGCACGCAGCGGACUUCUGAUACAUGAUCUUCAGUGGGGUUGCAAGACGGCCGGAUGCAUCCACCGCAAACAAGGCGUCAGAGAAGCCCACAAGAUCAGCACGUCUCCAGGUUGGUCGCAUGAUAUUGGGCAGCUGGGGCCAUCGUCGGGUGGCUCCUCGAUGGUCUGCGGCUGUUUCGAGGGCAAGGCGUCACCCGUGCUGGCUACGCGGGUGACAAGAUGUUACUAA